AUGACGUAUGGCUAUGGGAAAGGAGAAAUUGGGCAGCUCUUUAUCGAAGGAUUUGGAUCUUCAAUGUUGUUUGGCACCAUUUUUGGAUCUCUAGCUGACAAAUGGGGUCGGAAACGAGCAUGCGUGACUUAUUGCAUUACUUACAUAUUAACCUGUAUUACCAAGCAUUCUCAUCAGUACAAAGUUUUGAUGUUGGGUCGUAUUUUGGGUGGUAUUGCCACUUCUCUCCUAUUUUCAGCUUUUGAAUCAUGGCUUGUGGCUGAACACAACAAGGUAAAAGGCUCUUACUUGUAUUAG